AUGGGACUGCUGACUGAGAUUUGUCCUUUGGAAUUCUGUCGUUUGUCAGUUGAGGAGUGGGAAUUGGAAUGUCCAGUGACAGUUGAAAACGGAAAUUUUGGAGAGAAAGGAAGAGAUGCUGGUCAUUCGGCAUUGGAGAUGGUUCGUGAAAGUGAUCCUGGCGAUCCAAAUAAAGAUAUGGUGGUCCAAUUAAUUGACGACUUUAAAAUUUCCGGCAUGAAUGGCAUACAUGUCUGUAUGGUUUUUGAAGUACUUGGACAUCACCUUUUAAAAUGGAUAAUUAAGUCCAGCUAUCAGGGACUUCCAAUCCAUUGUGUGAAAAGUAUAAUACAGCAGGUAUUGCAGGGUUUAGAUUACCUCCACAGCAAAUGUAAGAUCAUUCAUACGGAUAUCAAACCAGAAAACAUCUUGAUGUGUGUAGAUGACACCUACGUGCGGAGAAUGGCGGCGGAAGCGACCGAGUGGCAGAAAGCGGGGGCGCCUCCUCCCUCUGGCUCAGCAG